AAAAGGGGUGUCAUGUUCGGCCCGAUAGGCGUACAAGCUCCCUGUCCACAGCUUGUCGCUGAUUGAAGGAGAGAACAAAAUGUGGAGAAGUUGAAGCCAAGAGAGAAACGAGAUUGGAGGGAAACGAAACGCGACCUCGGCAUGGGCUCCACUCACCGCCUUCGGGGGUUCCUGCCUGGGCCUGCCUCAGGCUCCCACGGGUGUUUGAUCCGACAUGAGGUGGAGAUCGCAGGAAGGAAACCAGACGUCGAGAUCACCAUCUUCGACAACUUUCAUUCUUCUAGUUCUUAUAGUCUUACAACACCGAGAGUCUGCAGGGCAUAUCUUCCUUUGCGCGUCAAAUAACUCCACUAUCCACUCCGUCCACCACUAGAUCAUCCCCACCUGCGAUAUGGUCCUUGCACUUCCCCGCUACGACUACUAGGUUUAUGAAUCCUCCAGCCAAUGGGUUACGAUCGGCCCCGCGGAGCCCUACAGCCUCGCUCCGAUGAUCGAUUGAACUCGAGACGUUCGGUGGUGGCGUGUAAUAGAUGUCGCAAUCGGAAAACCCGAUGUGCGGGGAAUCCUCCGGCGCCGUGUGCCGCCUGUGAGGAUGUCGGCCAUGCCUGUGUCUAUUCCGAGGCCGAGAAGCGCGUGUCCAUAUCGGAGAGUUAUUACCGUCAACUUCAAACUCAGGCGCAAGCAAACCGCCCAGAUGACCGUCAUUUGUCGCCCUCACUUACGACUCCUGGAUCUUCCCAGGCGACUUCAGGUCCCUCUAAUGCGGAAAUCCCAGCGGAGCGGGAUGACUGGUGGUACAAGGGUUCUGACGAUCUGUUCCUCAACCGUUCGGGAGAACACCAAUUUGUGGGUGCAUCAUCGGCCACGCACAUGGCCAAACGUCUCCACCCAACAUCCAAUAAUUUCGCAUGGGAUGUGCGGCCGUUGUACGAUGACCCGUCGUCGUUGCGACGGUCGGUCAAUCGUGCUUUACCCCAGAUGCCACCGCUCGAUUUUGCCAAGAGAUUAUUCUGGGUGCAGUACACCUAUAUUGGGACGAUCUUUUCCCUCAUUCAUCCCGACGACUUUGAACGACGGCUAGCGAUCGUCUACAAUCGACCUCCGGAUGUCUCCAAUCGGGAGUCGUGUCUGGUCUACUGUCAGGUGCUACUCGUCAUCGCCUUUGGGCUGAUGUAUUCGGUGAACCAGUGGUCAGGGGAUGAUGGCCCACCUGGGUUCAGAUACUUCAAACACGCCUUGCGAUUCUUGCCGGAUAUCCACGAGGACGGCUCCAUCUUUUUCGUCGAAGUGCUCUGCUACGUGGCGUAUUAUAUGCAGAAUCUGAACCGGCGGGAUGCGGCAUUUCUAUACAUCGGACUGGCCCUUCGUAUGGCCAUCUCACUUGGCCUCCAUCAAGAGGUGUCCGACCCAGCCAUUGGGGAAGAAGAUCGGAACCGUCGCCGCCGUGCCUGGUGGUCGGUGUAUAGCUUAGAUCGACUGCUUUCGGUUAAAUCUGGCAACCCCAUUACCAUCCAAGAUGAAGACAUUGGCACGACCUGGCCCAUUCCGAUGGAUGGAUCAACAACGGCACCAUGGCCGUCGGUCGUGCUCACUCACUACACCCAGUUGUCUCGCAUUCUGGGACGCGUGGGCGAGGAAAUCUACCGGAAGAAGCCCCGAUCUGGCUCCAACCUCCUCAUGUCCGUGCAGAGCAUCACGAACGAUUUAUCCAAGUGGCUACGGCAGAUCCCAGACCGGCUUCGGAUCGACUUUUCGACCCUCGGCACCCACCUGAAUCGGGAAUCGGUCUCCAUAUUCUUACACUUCUACUCGUGCGUGAACAUGACGGCCCGGCCCCUGGUCUUCUACGUGAUUCAACGCCGCUUGGACGGGGAUGCUCAAGGCUCGGCCAGCGAUGACUGGCGAGACGGACUGUCGCAAAACACGGUGGCCGUCAUUGACAGCUGUAUCACUGCGGCUCGCGCCACCACCUUGAUUAUGGACGCGGCGGCAAAGCACAACUUACUUGCUACAUACGGAUAUCUCGAUGGGGAAUACGUCUUCUCGGCCGCUCUACUUCUCGUCAUGGUCAAUGGUGCCUUCCCCCCAGACGACACCAAUACACGGACCAUGGAGAUGGCAUUGGCUCUCCUCCGUGGGAUGGCGGACCGGGGGAACGUGUACCUCGCGUCGCGCCAUGCACUCCUCUUGGAGCUGCAGGCGGCCAUCAGCCCGAAGCGCACGGAUGUCGCUGUGGAAUCACCGGUUACCACUAGUAGUAUUGCUCACCAUACGAGCCCGACGAUGAACGUGGUAGAUGAACGACCCCCCGUAGUAUCGACUGAGUGGCCAUUGCCGCAAGAUUUGUCGUCGGUGCGAGACAUCUCCUUCAACCUUGACGUCACCGAGUCGGAUCCCGGGCUGUGGGAAGAAGUAUUGGAUCAAAUCGAUAUCGAUAUGGAUACUGACUGGAUUGAAAGUACGCUGCGGAGGUGACUGGACUUACGAGGCUACGUCGUAUGAUUUUUUCGCAUGGAGUAUUGGGUUACUUACGAAGCUCAAAAUUGCCAUGAUAUCUUUUGUAGCCGGGUGGUAAUGGCUUGAUGAUUGCAGCGUAUUUGAGAUGACUGGCAUUAUUGUACAGCAAUAGUGUAUCCGGUUCUAAUAAAAACAAUUGUAUCAUCGUUAUAUAAGAUGGAGGAAUCUACACCACUAGAUCCGGUUCUAGUUACCGGUAGUCGUACUUUGGAUAGUCA